UUGGAGGAAGUGCAUGCUGCCUGCUAAUACGGCGUGAUAGUUAUUUGGGGAGACGCUAUUUUAGGACAAAUGGGGCUGGUGGGGAGAUUCCAGCAGUAAGUUUCUUUAUGAGUGGCUUGGUUAAAUCAUGAAAAAGAAAAAGUAACAGGCAAGCACUGUUUUAAAUAAGUACUGCUCGGUGGAUUUAAAAGAUGGGAGCCCUUAUUGCUAAGAAUCUGGUAAACUGGCAGUCCCUACAGGAAAGGUUGGAUCUUUUUGCUGUGUAUCGACUUAUCCACCUCCGUGAACAAAACAAAGGACCACCACCGACAUGUUCUUAUGAAGAACAGUACAUUAAGGUUCAUCGAUCCAUUGAAGAACAGCUAGAGUAUUAUCUUGGAGUCAUACACAAGCAGCUACAACAGAAUGUUGAUCGGUUCUGCCAGGAGCCAUUUUCAUUGAUAAUGGAGAAAUCCUCUAUUCCUCAUCCUGCUGCAGGAAAUGGUGUUUUUCUGAGGGGUAGUGCUGUUCCUGGCAGUUUUAUAGGAUUCCAUCCUGGAUUAGUGUACUUAGCAAAAGAUGUUCGAAAAAUGCUCAACUAUCCCAAUAUCAGUAAAGACAACUGUUACUUAAUGUCACGCUAUGACAGCUGCAUACUUGAUGCCAAGGAUUUUAAUACUGAUAUUCAGUUGCCAUGUGGAAAGAGACUAAAUAAUCCCUUUGCAUGUGGACAUAUGAUCAACCAUCCUCCACCAGGUAAGGGUGUUUGUUAUGUGCAUGUUAACCAGGUGUCCAAUACAAAUUGUUGUCUCAUGGUACAUUGCUUAAUCAAAACCCUUACAACAAUUUUGUUACAUUUUUUACACUUGUGCACCUUGGUCCUAAAUGUAAGCUAUACCAUGCUUGCUUUCAUAAACUCCUGGUUGCUUCUAUAAUCAGUGUUAGCACUCUAGCAUAGAUCCUUCUUUGAAGAAACAUGUUUUCCCUGACUUUUAAUUAUGAACUAAAGCUCCUGUCUUGGAUAUCCUGGAGUCUUAAUAAUACACAUUUCUACCAGAGUGGGAAAAGAGUUUUGACACAGCCAAGGGAGCUCACGAUCGCUGUUGUAGUAUGACUCCAGGGUACAAGU